AUGACGUCCACAACAUCGUUUGAGGGUUCAAAUUUGGGGAUCCAGACGGGUGUGAACCACGGCUGGAUUAUUAACCACUUCCCCGUGCCUAUGAAAGAAACGAAAGAGAUAAAUCCUAGGCCUUUCCACUAUGUCAUCCCUUCUUUGGAAAAUUGUUACUUUACUGGCCGUGAAUUCACGCUAGAUCAGCUUAAACAGAAACUGUUCCUACAGGCGAAUGCUAGAAAACUAGCUCUAUUCGGUCUAGGUGGCAUCGGCAAAACUCAAGUUGCUCUUCAGCUUGCCCGCUGGGUCCAAGCGCAUAUACCAGACUGCUCAAUUUUCUGGGCUCCUGCCGUUAGUCUCGAGAGUUUUGAACAGGCUUAUUCGCAAAUCGCAAAAGAGCUGCAAAUCCCUCAGAAUGCAGACGGUGAAAGUGCGAUGGAAUUAGUACACCGACAGCUAAGCUCUGAUAAAGCCGGAAAGUGGCUUUUCAUUGUUGAUAAUGCCGACGACGUGGACUUGCUUUUCGAUAAGCUUGAUCAGUAUUUCCCUGCUAGCAACAAAGGUGUUACUUUGCUCACUACCCGUUCCCGUGAGGUGGCACUAGCGUUCGCAGGAAGGGAUAUAGUUGAGCUCCAAAAGAUGACAACGGAGGAAGGGAUUGCUUUUCUUACUAAGAUUGUGGGAGAAGACUCGCUUUGUGACCAGAGCUCCACUAUGCAAUUACUGGAAGAGCUGAACUUCUUACCGCUAGCUAUUGCACAGGCGGCUUUCUAUAUUUGUCGAAACGAUGGAACGAGCACACGGUACCUCGAGCUUAUGCAUAAAACCGAAAAAGACCGGAUGCGUCUAGCGAGCAGGGAGUUCCGCGAUAGCACUCGCUAUCGUGGAAUGUCAAACGCUGUGACCACCACAUGGCUCAUCUCAUUUAAUCAGAUCCAGGGUUUUGAUCCCUCUGCUGCUGAUUUGUUAGGAUUUAUAUCCUACCUUGAGCCAAAGGCAAUCCCGCGAUCUAUUCUCCCCGCCCUCGAUUCGGAAGAGGAGAUGGAGUUUGCAAUCGGAACGCUGUGUAGCUAUGGGUUUCUGACCAGAAGGAACAAUCAGAAUAUGUUUGACAUACAUAGCCUCGUACAGUUAUCAACCCGAGUGUGGAUAACAGAGGCACGGAAGACACAACAGGUUAUCGCAACCGUAACGCAACAUUUAGACAAACGUUUUCCAUCUGAUGAAUACACAAAUCGUGACACAUGGAGGAUGUACCUACCACACGCCCUUGAAAUUCUCAGGAGAGAGGAAAGUCAAGGUGUAAGUGAGAGGUAUAGCUUGCUUUCCAAGGUUGGGAAAUGCGUUCUAGCGGAUGGCCGAGCGAAAGAAGCCGUUAGCUUUUUGAAGACUGUGUGUGCAUGGAAUGGAAGCAACUAUGAUGAAGAACAUCUCUCUCGACUGAAAUCUCAGCACGAACUCGCAUACGCAUAUGAAUCUAACGGGCAGAUCAAGCAGGCCGUGGAGCUACUUGAGUAUGUGGUCGCGGCCGUGGAGCUACUUGAGCAUGUGGUCGCGGUGGAAGAGAGAACGCUCGAUGAAGAACAUCCUGAUCGACUGGCAUCUCAGUACACUCUCGCUCUAGUAUAUGAAUCUAAUGGGCAGACCAAGCAGGCCAUAGAGCUGCUUGAGUAUGUGGUCGCGGUACGAGAGAGAACGCUCGAUGAAGAACAUCCUGAUCGACUAGCAUCUCAGCACGUACUCGCAAGGGCAUAUAAAUCCAACGGGCAGAUCAAGCAGGCCGUAGAGCUACUUGAGUAUGUGGUCGCGGUAAAAGGAAGAACGCUCGAUGACGAACAUCCCUCUCGACUGGCAUCUCAGCACGAACUCGCAUACGUAUAUGAAUCUAACGGGCAGAUCAAGCAGGCCGUGGAGCUACUUGAGCAUGUGGUCGCGGUGGAAGAGAGAACGCUCGAUGAAGAACAUCCUGAUCGACUGGCAUCUCAGCACACUCUCGCUCUAGUAUAUGAAUCUAAUGGGCAGACCAAGCAGGCCAUAGAGCUGCUUAAGUAUGUGGUCGCGGUACGAGAGAGAACGCUCGAUGAAGAACAUCCUGAUCGACUAGCAUCUCAGCACGUACUCGCAAGGGCAUAUAAAUCCAACGGGCAGAUCAAGCAGGCCGUGGAGCUACUUGAGCAUGUGGUCGCGGUGGAAGAGAGAACGCUCGAUGAAGAACAUCCCUCUCGACUGGCAUCUCAGCACACUCUCGCUCUAGUAUAUGAAUCUAAUGGGCAGACCAAGCAGGCCAUAGAGCUGCUUGAGUAUGUGGUCGCGGUACGAGAGAGAACGCUCGAUGAAGAACAUCCUGAUCGACUGGCAUCUCAGCACACUCUCGCUCUAGUAUAUGAAUCUAAUGGGCAGACCAAGCAGGCCAUAGAGCUACUUGAGCAUGUGGUCGCGGUGGAAGAGAGAACGCUCGAUGAAAAACAUCCCUCUCGACUAGCGUCUCAGCGCGCUCUCCAAGACAUCAAGCAGUCGAUCAAUGUUGCGAUCAUGGAAAUUAUGCUUUCAUCAUCUCCCACUACUAUAGAGCCUUAG